GGAGCGCUUUUGGCCGAGACCUCCGAGCGGUCGCAGCAUGAGUCGCCACUUGGAGCCGGUGCGGAGCUUCUUGGAGCAGCUGGAGGCCCGGGACCGCCGGGAGGGGGCCAUCCUCGCCCGUGAGUUCAGCGACAUCAAGGCCCGCUCAGUGGCCUGGAAGACUGAAGGUGUCUGCUCCACCAAGGCCGGCAGUCAGCUUGGGAACACGAGGAAGAACCGCUACAAAGACGUGGUGCCGUAUGAUGAGACCAGAGUUAUCCUUUCCCUGCUCCAGGAGGAGGGACAUGGAGAUUACAUCAAUGCCAACUUCAUCCGGGGCACAGAUGGAAGCCAGGCCUAUAUCGCGACGCAAGGACCCCUGCCUCACACUCUGUUGGACUUCUGGCGCCUGGUUUGGGAGUUUGGGGUCAAGGUGAUCCUGAUGGCAUGUCAAGAGACAGAAAAUGGACGGAAGAAGUGUGAACGCUACUGGGCCCAGGAACAGGAGCCACUGCAGACCGGGCCUUUCCGAGUCACCCUGAUGAAGGAAACACCAGUGAAUGCAGACAUCAUUCUCAGGACCCUCCAGGUUACAUUCCAGAAGGAAUCCCGCUCCGUGCACCAGCUCCAGUACAUGUCCUGGCCAGACCACGGGGUUCCCAGCCAUCCUGAUCACAUCCUCGCCAUGGUGGAGGAGGCCCGUCGCCUCCAAGGAGUUGGACCUGGACCGCUCUGUGUCCACUGCAGUGCUGGCUGUGGACGAACAGGUGUCCUGUGUGCUGUUGAUUACGUGAGGCAGUUACUGCUGACCCAGUCCCACCCAAUUUCAGCCUCUUCGAAGUGGUCCUUGAGAUGCGCAAACAGCGGCCUGCUGCAGUGCAGACAGAGUGACUACGCAUCCCAACAGGAGCAGUACAGGUUCCUGUACCACACAGUGGCCCAGCUCUUCUCCAGCACUCUCCAGAACGCCAGCCCCCACUACCAGAACCUCAAGGAGAACUGUGCCCCAAUCUGCAAGGAUGCCUUGUCGCUCAGGACCUCCCCAGCCCUGCCCGCCGUAUCCCGCCCACCAGGAGCAUCUCGGUGCCCGGUCCCCCGACCCUUCCCAUGGCCGACACUUACGCCGUGGUGCAGAAGCGUGGCGCUCCAGCGGGCACAGGGCCGGGGACGCGGGCGCCCAGCAGCGCUGACACCCCGAUCUACAGCCAGGUGGCAGCACGUGCCCAGCGGCCCAUCGCACAAACGGAGGACGCGCAGGGAACGUCGCCACUGGGCCGUGGCUUCAACAUGCGCAUUGGAAGGCCUAAAGGGCCACGGGAACCGCCAGCGGAGUGGACUCGGGUGUGAGUGCCGUGCGCCAGAUACGGCCUGCCGCUCAGUGAUGGCUGGACUAUUGCAGCCACCAUGCUGCUGUGCCCUAUGUUAUGUAUGAAUGGGACUUGUGGGUCUGGAUCAAAAUAAAAGUUUCUCAGGACGGGGAAAAAAAAAAAAGGGCUUUGCCCCAGUGAUUAUAGCAAUCAAAGACGGGGGACUGGGAGAGGUAAGUGUCGGUGAUGGUAAGGGGGGGAGGGGCUACCCUGAGAAAAUUUAAGAACACCAGGAGUGAGUGGCUGUUGCAAUCCCUUCCCCAUGCACCCACUGGAAAGUGCACCUCAGACAGAGUCCUAAUUUGACAAAGCCCUCAGACAGAUGCCUGCCUGGACUGACAGGCCCAGCUCCAGCCAGAGACCCAUCUAGAUAGACCCUCAUGAUAACUUCCAGUGAGCUAGAGAGUUCUCCAUCUGGUCAAAGGAAUGGAUCACCCAGUCAGAUAAACAGCAUGCCAUCCAGAAAGACAGAACUUCAACCCAUCUUUCUUUAGAUGCAAGAAUAAAGCUCUAACCACUGCCCCUGCUCCUACCCCACCCCUAAACCCCAAACAGAUGUCAGCAUCUGUAUGACAGCUGUUCAUCUAGUCCUUCUGACAUAGUGCCUUCUCCUGGAAAUGGUGUCUGAAUUUGAUGAAGGCUCCAACCAGGAACUUGCUUAGCUAGGCACACAUCAACGACUUAUUGUGAGAAUUCAGUGACGAGCAGGCCAAAAUCUCAGCUCAAGAGACUUAACACUGUUUCAUGAAUGUCAGACCACACCAGCUACAGACUCCCCGGGUCACAGUGGUCCUGGGACGUCAUUUGCCUUUUGAAUGUUAGUUAAAAAAAAGAAAAUAAAUAUAAAGCUUGCCUUAUUUGGCCACAGUGUCUACUGGCAUCGUCAAAUCUAGAUCUUUGUGCUAUGAACAGCUCAGCCAACAGGAACAGGGGAUGACAGGUCAACCCUGGGGAUCUUCAGCACCUCAGGGAAUCUGAACUCUUAAGAUGAAAAAGUUGGGGUCACAGCCUGGAACAGAGAAGGGCCAGGGUGUUAGUUUUAGAACACAGGCUGGGGCUGACCAUCCUGUGGUGACAGGAGGAAGAGAAGAGGGGUGUU